AUGGCCCUUGCUCGCCGCGUCGCACUUGUCACGGGCGCCGCGUCCGGCCUUGGCCGCGCGACCGCCGAGCGCCUCCUCAAGCAGGGCGCCCAGGUCGUCAUCUGCGACCUGCCCACGAGCGACGGCCAGGAGCUCGCGCGCCAGCUCGGCCCCAACUGCCACUUUAGCCCGACGGAUGUGACGGACGAAGAGCAGGUCUCGGCGGCCUUGGACUUGGCCGAAUCCGCGUUUGGCAAGCCCAUUGACAUUGCUGUCAACUGCGCCGGUAUUGCCGUCGCGGCCAAGACGCUUUCCAAGAAGGGCCCGCACCCGCUGUACCAGUUCCAGCAGGUGCUCAACAUCAACACGUCGGGCACGUUCAACGUGAUUCGCCUUGCGGCCGAACGCAUGUCCAAGACGACGCCGGGUGCGGAUGGCGAGCGCGGUGUUAUCAUCAACACGGCCAGUAUCGCCGCGUACGAAGGCCAGGUCGGCCAGGUCGCGUACGCUGCGUCCAAGGGUGCCAUUGUCGGCAUGACGCUGCCCGUGGCGCGCGAGCUCGCGCCCUACGGCAUUCGCUGCAACACGAUCGCGCCUGGCUUGUUCCGUACACCGCUUCUCGCGGGUCUUCCGGACGCUGUCCAGGAGCAGUUGGGUAAGACGGUGCCGUUCCCGAGCCGCCUCGGCCACCCGGAGGACUAUGCCCAGCUCGUCCAGAGCAUCGUCGAGAACAAGAUGAUCAACGGCGAAGUCAUUCGCAUCGACGGCGCCCUCCGCAUGCCCCCCAAGUAG